AAACAUUCACCGCGAGACGCUUGAUUUCUUUCGGUGGUUAGCUGUGCGUUUGAAUCCAAUCAACACGAUGGCGUCGCGCUACAUUACUUGGACGGUUCCUCAGUUGAAAAAGGAAUUGAUACAAAGAGAUGCAUCUACGCAUGGGAGAAAGACUGACCUGAUUGAAAGACUCGAGUCAUAUGACAGAAACAAGAACUUCUUGCCACCGCCUGUUCUUCUACCAGAACCUCUGGAUGUAAACUGGCCAUCAACUGGAUUUCAACAACUGAAGCCAGAUCACCAGGGACUUUUACCAGUUGUGACAAGGGAUCAAACUGAAGCCUACUUUCUUCACCGCCUUGCAGGUGAUAAUGACUCUGCAAGAAACAUAAAGGCAAUAAAGAAUGGUGAAUUGCUGUAUGAUUCUAAGAGAAUACUUGCAUGUUCAGUGCUCAUCAAGAAUGAGAUAUUCUUUACUGGAAUAGUCAGUGCAGCAAUGAAAAAUAAGGUGACAUACAACUACAAGCUUAGAUUGGAAAAGCAGUCUGGUGAUAUUUUAAGCUCACACUGUGAAUGUCCAGCAGGGAAGGGCCCAAAUGGAACAUGUAAACAUUUAGCAGCAGUCAUGGUGAUGUUGGAGAAGUUCAUUGGGCUUGGAGAGCUUACUGGCAUUGAGAAGACGUGCACUGAGAGUUUGAUGAUGUUCAAUAAACCAAAGACUUCCCAUAAAGGAUCACCUGUAAAGGUAGAAAAUCUUUCAAGAAAACGGAAAUCAGAAAACAUAUUGGAUGAUCCCCGCCCAGAGAAGAGGAAGAAUAUGGAGGGUUUUGAGGAUAGGGUCUUGAACAUCUUAGUAAACUAUACAGCAAAAUCGUCAGCAAACAUUGCCUAUCGCUACUUAUUUAAAAGAGCUGAUUUGAAGUCUGCAGUUCAUGAUCAUGAUUACCUCUCACUACCUUUUACUGAGUAUUGGGUUGAUGAAGCAAUUAAGGUGAAUGAUUUGGAGAUAAAGAAGAUAGAAGUUGCAACACGUGGGCAGACGGCUAACAAGAAAUGGUUUGGGGAGAGGACAUGGCGAUUAACUGCUUCAAGCUUUGGACAGAUAACCCACAUGACGGAGAAACGAAACAAGGAAAAACUGUGUGAAACAAUAUUUUCAUCAAAGCAGAUUAACUCCGAAGCAACAUUACAUGGGAAAAAUUAUGAACGGAAAGCUAUAAAAUGUUUUGAAUCGAAAUACAAACAAAAAGUUAAUGGAUGUGGCUUCUUCAUUUACAGACCUAAGCCAUUUCUUGGUGCUUCACCCGAUGGAGUGAUUGAUGAUAUGCAUAUUGUUGAAGUGAAAUGUCCUUACUUGGGACGAAAUGUAAAUAUUGAAUCAAAGUGUCUGAAACAUUUUAGGUAUUUAGAGGAAAUAAAUGGGGUCAUUCAACUUAAAAAAUCAUCAAAUUAUUAUGAUCAAAUUCAAGGCCAAUUACUUAUUACUGGAAGGCAAUUUUGUUAUUUUGUAGUUUACACAUUUAAAUCUUUGUUUGUGGAAAAGAUUGAAUUUGACCAGGACUAUUGCAAGUUUUGUUUGGUUCCUAAACUAGAUCUGUUUUAUAAAAAGUGGUACCGACCAUUCGUUGCGUCAAAGUUGUAUGCAAAAUUCUCAGGGAACUCUUGCAUUGCAAAGUAUUGAUUUUUAUAAACUAACCAUAUUAUUUACCAUGCAACCAGGAAACAUGUACAUGUAUUUCAUGUUAGAAUAUUUGUAACCAGAUGGUGAUGUACUGAACUGUUUGAUUUGUUUUUCAAUUUUGGUCAUGUGCUGCUUUGUUUGCUAUUUUGAUAUUUCAGUGAGUUGUCUAUAUGAAGGCGUAAGGUUGCACCUCUUAGUCAUGUGCUACAUCCCACAAUUCUAUUACCAUGGUAUUAAUUAUGAAGAAACAGAAACUCAUUAUUUGUGAUAGAUUUCAAUCAAUGGUCAAUAAAGAUGUACGAAACACAUUUACACUGUACAUGUUUAACUUGAUGUGCCAUUGUGUAGGAGAUUGAACCUAUUGUUUUAUAUACAACAAACAUGUCAGCAAUUGUAAUUUUCCAUUUUUAAUAUAUGGGCUGAAACUCAAUGAUCAACUUUUUAAAAACAUUAAUUGCUGAAAAAUUAUAUCUGCUCCUUAAAUAUAUGUAUGAUUCCAGUAUUUGCGAAGAGAACCUUUGUGUAUUAGAAAUGUUUUUAAGGU